GUCAAGUGAAAAGAUGGGUCAUCACAGCGGAGACAAUCUGUCACCAUUAGCAUAAUUAGAUCUUGAUUUAAUGAGCUCAAUUCUGCUGAUACUGUCUACCGCAUGCUGUUCUUUUUCUAGCUUUGCAACUGAUGAAAUGAGGAAACUUUAAACACACCAGUAUUCCAGCCACCUGAUAAAAAACGCUUUCUCUCUUUCAGAAAUGGACUUUCUCUGACACAGUGUGAAUAAAAAUUAUCUUUUCUCAUAAUAUCACCAUGUAUCACAUCAUAAUAAUCAAUUAUCACAAAAAAUAAUAAUACUAAUGAACUCAUCAUUAUCAAUUAUCACGAAAAAUAAUAAUACUAAUGAACAGGAGAACUAAAAUAUUGUACGGCAUUUCAUAGCAUCAAUGAGUAAUAAAUGAAUUGCAUUUAGCAAAAAGGAACCAGCGCAAUUACUGUGUUGAAAAAUGUUGUUUCUUAAUAAUUAUCUACGGAAUCUCCCAAAAUACCUAGCACAUGAAUUCUGUUCCCCACCAAAAAAUGUCUAAUUUAGAAAUUGAAUUCUUGGAUUUUGAAAAAAUUUGAAAAUAAUAGAAAAAAUUUGAAACUGUACAUAUAUUAAAUAUUUUUAAAAGAAAAGAAGAAGCUGGAGUUGGGUUUUAUUUUUUUUAACAAGAGGUUAAUUUUUACCUCUCAGUAAAGAAAAUAAGAAAGAAUACAAAUAGCGACAAUCAUGAAUCAUGAGUUAUGUAAGCACAUUACCAAAAUGUAGACGUAUAAAAGAAAUAUCAAAUUUACUUCUUCUGAAGUUCAUGUUCUAUCCCGAAAUGGAACUGAAUUAUACUGCGUAAUUCAAAAGUUGCAGAUUGAAAGUUGACAAUAUAGUUUUCUUUGAUGUUUGCAUUGCGCUAAAAUACGUAUACUAUUAUCAUAGUUUCGAAGAAAAUUCCUCAACAGAAACUUGUCAAUUUUUUUCUCACAACUAUUGAAAUGGUACAUGCUUGAUUGCUUCUUCUCCUCAGAUUAAGUGAGAGUUCUCAAUCGGAAUAUGAAAGUGGUUGUGAAGACUACUGCAUCUCAUUCUUCCAUUUUAGAAAAAAUAUGUAAAAGAGCUUUUCCGUCUACGGAGUCAGUAAUGGAUCUUGUGAAAGAGUUAAACUUCCAGUUGCCCAUGAUUCAUGAAAAAGAAUUCAAGGAUUUAAACAAGAAGAUAUCGCAACAGCUUGAUGGAAAGCCUUAUGAAGCCUUCGACCAAGAGUUCCGGGAUAAUCUG